AGGUGUGGAAAGGAAAGGAGGAUCUGAGUUAUUGAAGCAGAUCAGCGGCACCAAGAGGAGGGUGAAAGUGUGCAAUUCAGGUUGAGGAAGCAGCAGGAGGAACGAGAGAGCAAAUGGGAAAACUACAAAUGAAACUCCUUGAGUGCCUCUGGUCAUAUCAUCUGUGUGAGGUGGAAAAGAGUCAUUUGCGUGACUUAUCUAAGUGCCCUGCAAGCACAAGGAUGCAGCGUGGAAGGAAAGUUUCAAAUCAGCAAAUCCUGGAAACUCUGCAGAUCCGGCUGGCGAAAGACCAUCCAGCAAAGCUGAGUCAGCAACAUGGCCAAACAAAGCAGUAUCCAUCCAGCUGUAGGAAGAGACCUGUGUGACUAAAAAGAAGCAGCAGCUAAUUUUCAGUAUAUACGACAUCCCUGUUGUCCAAAUACAGGCCAUGAUCUCCCUUGACACUUCAGUCAUGGUGUUUAUGUGUGUGUUGUUUCUGGGUGGAGGUGCUUAGGAGUUCUUUGCAAAUUUAAGCAUUAACUAAUUACUUACAUAAGGUGCAUUUUUUGUGGGUUGCCAAACCAAAGUGGUUUCCCAGAUUCCUUCAAAUCUUACCCAAGACGGAGAUGGCCAACGAUGCCUUCUGGCUGCCACCUGCUGGUCAGUUUAGGGAGAUGAAGCCCUUUGAACAAACACAAAAAGUUUGAACCAAAACUGAACUGAACAUUUUAUAGAAAUGUCUGGUGCUUUCCAGUGCCUGGAGAAUUUGAGAAACAUUCACCCAUCACUGCUGCCACCACCCUUGAAAAAAAUAUUCAGCAAAGUUACAGAAGCAGCAAUUGGAUCAGGGCAACUCCAGGAUGGAUGGUCCAGAAAGUUGGCUGAAAGCAAAGCAAGAGGCUCAGUGUUUUCUGGCGAAAUGAAGGCCAGACGCAGGGAGCCACGAAGGCGGAAAGGGCCCCUGCGCUGUGUGGAAAGGCCACAAAAAAGAAUGCACCCACGGGAAGAGAUUCUGAGGCUUAGGCACUUUAGAAGGCUUUCCAGCUGCCUAUAUGAAAUGCUCCAGGCUAUCGUCGACGAUAGGAAGACGAUGGCCACUUUGGUGGCGUUGCUUAAAACAACCCACCUCUAUGACAAGAUCAAUAAGGAAAAAAUGCAGCACCAAGCCAAGGAGAGGAUGGCCAGGAAACGCAAGCGUGGUGAAGGCAUGCAACUCUGUCUUCAGUGUCUGAGAAAGAACCGUGAACCAGAUGGAAGUCCUCCGUGCAAGAUAGCACGGAGUGAAGAACAGCAAUGGCCGGAGGACGUUGAAAUGAUGUCCAUACGCAGUGAGACGGAAGGCAGCCUGCCAGAGAUAGACAGUGGAGAUGAAUCUCAGGGCCCUACUGAUUCUCCAUCUGGAAGUGGGCCCUUCCGUGAUGGUGAAGAGAGGCAAGAGGAGGAGGAGAAGGAGGAGAACAGCAAUUCCAGUGAUGGGAGCUUGGACAAUACACACAGCACAGCGGUGGAGGACUCAGGAGACGGAGCACAGCAGCUGCCUCCUGCAAAUUUUCAGGACCACAUCUCCCUCCGAAAGAUAGCUGGCAACAUCUCACAGGGCUUGCUGGUUUAUCCCUGCAAGCUCUGGCAAGGGAUCCUGUGGCUUCUGAAAAAAGUGGCGCAGAAGCUACAGAGCGGCUAUCAGAAGUGGGCUAAGAUUGCGGAGAAAAAGGAGGCACCAGUUCAGACAGAGCGUCGUGGGACCAGCCAGGAUCUGAGCGUCCACCAGCUCCGUUUUCCUCCUUGCUACCACCGCAACCGUUGCAGCCGCUACAAACCAUACAACUGAAGUCUCAAGGGAGAAAAUAUCCCUGCAAUGAGAAAUUCCUUGUGUCCUGCAUCACUAGUUUAAAACAAGCCAUCUUGCAUAAUGUAAUCACAUCAGGUGCAUUUUAGAUUGGACUAGUGUAACUCCACAAUGUAAUAAACUGUCAAGAGCCCACAUUGUGCCAUCUUGCUGUCCCCCAUUUAAACCAGACACACUUGUGGUGUCAAGCCAGAAGCUUAUUCUGUACAAGACAUUUCUUUUGGAAGGCCCAUGGCUGUUCUGGCUUUGCUGGGGACUUGUCCAAAUUUUUGAAACACCUCUGUUAUAUUCAGGACAAAAUUCUAGCAGUGUCUGUCUUAAAUGAACUGUGACAAGCAAGUAUCAAAAGGCAGGGACAGUCUGAAGUAUCUUGGCAUAUGCGAAGGAAUCUCCCCUCAAAGGUAUUAGGGGAUGUGGAAGUCAAAAGCCCCUUGGGACAGGUGCUGAGGUGAUGAAACCAGAUACA